UGUGCUGCGCGGUCCUCCGUAUCUCCGUGGCGCAGGACAGGACGCCACGCCUUCAGGGACGCACUUCUCACGGCGUCAGCUCUCCGUCCGUUCACCGGUGACAACCUGUCCACAGCAGGACAUUUAACGAGCCUCUUAUCAACAGACACCUUGCACCCAAUACAGAUCAAGUCUCGUGUCUUGCUUCUCCCACUGACGCUGAACGGGCUGAUUUGUGCGCGCGUAUUAAUUUGGGAAUACCUGGAGCGGCAGUUUUGACUGAUUUGAUUGACGUCGGAUACAAGUGGGAACAGAGAUGGGGAUCAAAGUGUAGUGCUGAGAGGAAUGCCCCAGACUGUGUGCUCAGGCACCAUGUUCACCACUCCCAGUGGCUUCAGCCCCCAUCUGGCCUGUGCUGAGCCUGGGGAGGAGGAGGAGGCCCCACAGGAGGGCCCGGGGCCUGGUGCUUGCCUGGCUGAUGGACCCCCGAUCACCUCCGCCUCCCUGGACACCCUGAUCCAUAACCUGGUGCCCACAGCUGAUUACUACCCCGAGAAAGCCUAUGUGUUUACCUUCUUGCUGAGCGCUCGUCUCUUCAUCCCUCCUCCGGAGCUGCUAUCCAGGGUGUGUGAGCUGUGCAUCAAACAGCAGCAGCUGGAUCAGAGCCCACUGGAUACGGCUAAAGUGCGCAAGUUUGGUCCCAAGAUCCUGCAGCUGCUGACAGAGUGGACAGAGACGUUCCCGUCGGACUUCAGGGACGAGAAGAUGGUCGGGCACUUUAAGGACAUCAUCCACCGGAUCGCUCCUUGUGAUGAGGCGUACUGGAAAACCCUGAACCAGGUGUUGCAGAAGCUCAGCCAGCGACUGGCCCUGAUAAGCCAGGGGGAAGAGAGCAUCCUCAAGGUCUCCCUCAACGCCUCCUCCAUCUCUGACAAGCUGGUGGCCUUCAAAACCAAGCCUCCGCCCAUCCAGAAGGACAUGCUCUCCAUCUGCAACGACCCGUACACACUGGCACAGCAGCUCACCCACGUGGAGCUGGAACAUUUGAGGCAUAUUGGACCGGAGGAGUUUGUCCAAGCCUUUGUUCAGAAAGACCCGCUCGAUGGAACCCAGCCAUGCUUCAGCGACCAGAAGAAGAAAACCACCAACCUGGAGGCUUAUGUCAGGUGGUUCAACAGACUGUGUUACCUGGUAGCUACUGAAAUCUGCAUGCCAGCGAAGAAGAAGCAGAGGGCCCAGGUGAUAGAGUUCUUCAUUGACGUUGCUAGGGAGUGUUUCAACAUUGGGAACUUCAACUCCCUUAUGGCCAUCAUCUCCGGCAUGAACAUGAGUCCUGUGUCACGGCUGAAGAAGACGUGGGGCAAAGCCAAGACCGCCAAGUUCUUCAUUCUUGAGCAUCAGAUGGAUCCUACAGGUAACUUUUAUAACUACAGGACCGCCCUGAGGGGGGCCGCCCAUCGCUCUCGGACAGCCAACAGCAACAGAGAGAGGAUCGUGAUUCCCUUCUUUAGUCUGCUGAUCAAAGACAUCUACUUCCUGAAUGAAGGAUGUGCCAAUCGGCUGCCCAACGGCCACGUCAACUUUGAGAAAUUUGUCGAGUUGGCACGGCAGGUCCGGGAGUUCAUGACGUGGAAACAGGUGGAGUGUCCAUUCGAGGAGGAUCGGGCCAUCCUACACUACCUCCACACUGCUCCCAUCUUCAGCGAGGACGGACUCUACCUUGCAUCCUAUGAGAGUGAGAGUCCAGAGAACCAGGUAGAGAAGGACAGAUGGAAAGCACUCAGGUCUAACAUUAUGGGAAAGACAUGAGGCACUGACGGUAGAUGAUCAGCGAGAGAGCAUGUGUUCUCAUUGCACUAAAAUGAACUGUGA